UCUCAACUGCACAUGCCAGGCUGCAAUUGGUUACUGGCUCAGGACAGCCCCCUCAUACUGGGGCCCUGGGGGAUUUUAAGCGGGUUCCAGGAACCCCCCGCUCAGUUCCUGGUCCCCCACUCUCCCAACCCUGCAGACCCUGCCCCAGCUAUGGCUCCUGGGGCUCCCUCGUCCAGCCCCAGUUCUAUCCUGGCCGCACUGCUCUUCUCCUCAUUGGUGCUGUCCCUGGCCCAGGCCAUUGUCGUGUACACGGACAGGGAGGUCCAUGGCGCUGUCGGCUCCCGAGUGACCCUGCACUGCUCCUUCUGGUCCAGCGAGUGGGUCUCGGAUGACAUCUCCUUCACCUGGCGCUACCAGCCCGAGGGGGGCCGCGAUGCCAUCUCAAUCUUCCACUUCGCCAAGGGGCAGCCCUACAUCGACGAGGUGGGGACCUUCAAGGAGCGCAUCCAGUGGGUAGGGGACCCGCGCUGGAAGGACGGCUCCAUCGUCAUCCACAACCUGGACUACAGCGACAACGGCACGUUCACCUGUGACGUCAAGAACCCCCCGGACAUCGUGGGCAAGACCUCGAAGGUCACACUCUACGUCUUCGAAAAAGGUGCGCGAGGAGACGGAGGACGGGUCUGGGGCCCUGGGAGGCGGGCGGAGGCAGCUGGGACUGACUGCGCCCCUCCCCAGACGCCCGUGCUGUACGCCAUGCUGGACCACAGCAGGAGCACCAAGGCGGCCAGUGAGAAGAAGUCCAAGGGGCUGGGGGAGUCUCGCAAGGAUAAGAAAUAGCGGUUAGCGGGCCGGGCUGGGGCUCGGGGCGCAGGGGCGGAGGCCCCCCAGGGCGCGCAGGUGGUGGUCAUCGAGAUGGAGCUUCGCAAGGACGAGCAGAGCUCGGAGCUCAGGCCCGCAGUCAAGUCCCCCAGCAGAACCAGCCUCAAGAACGCCCUCAAGAACAUGAUGGGCCGGGACUCGGACCCGUGACCAGCCCAGGCCCUGCCAGAGCCGGGGCCGGGCUCCCUUUGCCCCUCUAGCUGCCUGCCCUGCCCUCACUUCCCUCUGAGAUGUAAGUUUCACUCCAAAAUUCAUUCCCCAGGCACGUCAUACUCUCCCCCACCUUCACCCCCUGGCUUUCUGGGAGUCCAGGGCCUGAUCCUACCCUGCACCGCCCCCAAGGACUGUGUGUUUGGUGCCUGUCCCUCCGGCACCGAGAAGAAAGGGACCUUGCUACCCCGCGCCUCGACUCCAGGCCACCUGCACCCGUGCCCCUGCACCCAGCCUGUCCCGCUGCCUCUUCCCUCCCUGACCCUCCCACCCCUCCGUCAGGGGCCCUGCCCUACUGUGUGCUCUCAGCUAACACCGGGUCAUCCAGAUCAGCCUCCCUGCAGGGUUUAUUUCGGUUCUUUUAUUUUUUUUAAUCCAAGCUUGUUGGUUGGUUUGCCGGUGCCCUUGCUCUGACCCCCAUGACUGAGUACCAAUGACGUCAUGUGGAUGUUUCGAUUCCCCGCCCCCAUUACGUCCUUCAGGGAGUCCGCCGGGCGCAGGGCCCCCUGACGCCCGCCUCGGGGGCGGCCGCUCCGAGCACUGUCCUGGGGCUCGAGGUCCUGGGGGAGGAGGGACAACGAUCCUCAGGUCAGGAGUUGAGGAAAGGGGCAGAUGAGCCUUAAGAAAUGACUUUUAAACAACCACACAGAAAGGAGGAAAACAAAUGGGAACUAGGGUGAAAGGGAAGAGGCCACACUCCCAGCCACAGGGGAUUCUUAGAAUUUUUCUACAUUCUGUAUAUUUCUUCUCAACCCCCGAAUGUCCUCAUAUGUUUAAUAAACACUGACAUUUCCAGAA